ACGCCUUUUUUCAAAAGACAUUACAUACAUACAUAUAUACACAUAAAAUGGUUAAGUUAAUCUUGGUUAGACACGGACAAUCUGUCUGGAACGAAAAGAACUUGUUCACCGGUUGGGUUGACUGUCGUUUAUCUGACGUUGGUGAAAAGGAAGCUGCUAAGGCUGGUGUUUUGCUUAAGGAAGCUGGCUUGAAGGCUGACAUCUUGUACACCUCCAAGUUGUCUCGUGCCAUUCAAACCGCCAACAUUGCUCUUUCUACUGCUGAUCAAUUGUACAUCCCAGUCAAGAGAUCUUGGAGACUUAACGAAAGACACUACGGUGCUUUGCAAGGUAAGGAUAAGGCUGCUACCUUGGAACAAUACGGUGCUGAAAAGUUCCAAACCUGGAGAAGAUCUUUCGACAUCCCACCUCCAACCAUUGAAGAUGACUCUGAAUUCUCCCAAGUUGGUGACGAACGUUACAACGAUGUUGACCCUAACGUUUUGCCAAAGACCGAAUCCUUGAAGUUGGUCAUUGACAGAUUGUUGCCAUACUGGCAAGAUGAAAUUGCCAAGGAUCUUUUGGAUGGUAAGACCGUUUUGGUUGCUGCCCACGGUAACUCCUUGAGAGCUUUGGUUAAGCACUUGGACAACAUUUCCGACGAAGAAAUUGCCGGUUUGAACAUCCCAACUGGUAUCCCAUUGGUUUACGAAUUGGACGAAAAGCUCCAACCAACCAAGCCAGCUUACUACUUGGACCCAGAAGCUGCUGCUGCUGGUGCUGCUGCCGUUGCCGCCCAAGGUACCAAGAAAUAGAUAAAUC